AUGUUGUACAUCCAUAGUUAUCAACAGAAUAGUUAUUACCCUGUAUUUGAUUUCAAUUGUUUAUACUUCACUUCCAUAAAACUUCAAACUGAGAAUCCACAGGACGUACCAGGUCGCAAAUAUAGAAGUGCUAAAAUAUUGAAAGUUAAAGAUUCGUUAUUACGCAUGAAUAAGCAUAAAAAUCAGAAAAACGAAAUGAAAAUUUAUGAUGAGCUGGAGCUGAACUUGGACAGUAUUAUAAAUUAUACUGUUUAG